CGGAGUUGGCACGCAAGCACUGAUUUGUGAUGUGACAAACAGGGGUGCCCAAUUUCAGAUAAUAUUUGGCCAUUAACUUUAUUGACUCAUAAUAAUUAAUCAAACAUGAACUGUUUGUAACAAGUUUUAUAACACGACAGUGAGAAACGUGCAGUGAAUUAAAUACUUUAGAUUGUUAAAUGUGUUUGUGAAAGUGGAUAAAAUUGUGGACAAAUCGAAUCCUGAAGAUAGGAUGGCGGCAUCGCACAUCCUUAGCGCGGUAGAGCCGACGGUGGGCGGCGGCGGCGCGCGCGGCGGCCGCGAGCGUGAGGUCUCCGUCGCACUGGAUGACAGGGAGCUGUGGGUCAGGUUCCAGACCCUCACCAACGAGAUGAUAGUCACCAAGAAUGGGAGGCGAAUGUUUCCAGUAGUGAAGGUGACCGCAAGCGGAUUGGACCCAACGGCCAUGUACACAGUAUUGCUAGAAUUUGUUCAAGUAGAUUCACAUCGGUGGAAAUAUGUAAACGGCGAAUGGAUACCUGGAGGUAAAGCCGAAGUGCCGCCUUCUAAUGCAAUAUACAUUCAUCCAGAGAGCCCUAACUUUGGCGCACAUUGGAUGAAGGAGCCCAUAUCAUUCGCCAAAGUCAAACUCACUAAUAAAACUAAUGGGAAUGGACAGAUAAUGUUGAACUCUCUACACAAAUACGAGCCGAGGGUUCACCUGGUGAAAGUUGGGACAGAUCUCAGACGCAUCAUGACCUACCCAUUCCCCGAGACGCAGUUCAUCGCAGUAACUGCUUACCAGAAUGAGGAGGUCACUUCGCUGAAAAUAAAAUACAAUCCGUUCGCAAAAGCCUUCUUGGAUGCCAAGGAAAGGCCUGAGGGAUAUUAUCAAAGGGACUUUGUUGGGACACACUACCCUCAACAAAGUUCAUCGCCUCAUCAAUAUCCGCAAUUCGGUGGAUGGUUUGUAGCAUCGCAGUCGCUGUACAGCAGCGGCAACGCGGCUUCACGGAGGCCGGCGCCGUACCCGCCGAGACCGCCGUCCCGGCCGAGGACUUUAUCUCCGCCCUCGACCUACAGCAGUUCCGAGCGGACAGCUGCUGCAGCACCCAACAGUAGUAGCUACACCUGGGCCGGCAGCAGUGGCUACUGGAGCUCGGCCCAAGGCAGCAGCUCGCCUCAGCCUAAUGUUUCUCCUGGACCAUACCGCACCCCUCCUCACGCGUACCCUGCGCCUCUUGAAUACGCUCCAGCGCCGCCUACAAGCACAGCGGCACCCGCGACUGGGCCAGCUCCUCUGUACCCGUUGCAGUAUGAAACUCCGAGUCAACACCACUCCCCGUACUACCAACAUGCGUACGCGCCUUACGCUCACCACGCCAUUGAAGAUAUUUCCUACUGGCCGAAUAGCUUGAACAGCUACAGCUACCAGCCAACCGAGUAUGUGGGUACAGGCGAAAUAGCUUACGGUGCAGAAGGCAUGCCCUACCCUUCUGGAUCCACUCUCGAGACAGGGGGCGAAGGCAGAGGAACACCUCCAAGCUCGGAACAUCCACAGCAGGAGAGAGAGUAUAAAUUCAACGCAGAAGAAGAAAGACACUCCCCUUGCGAGGAGCCCACGAUAUCUCCACGGUCACCACCACAGUGACUUCUAGUUUCUUAAAAGUAGGAAAAAGGAAUAAUUUAAAAAUAUUUUCUGUUGACAUGGUACGAGUAAUAAGUACCUAUUUAUGACUUUCAUUGCUGUGAGGUAUCGUAAUGGAGAAGUUUCGUAAUGUUGAAAACAUUAUAGUUCACUGAAUGGGAUUAAAAUAAAGACCAAAACUAAAAAGUCGGUGAAGUUUUUUUUUAAAUCCGUCAAAAAAUGGCUGAGAAAUUAAUUAUUUAAAUUACCUACAUAUUUUCGCGGAACUCAAACAGGCGGAGCCGUGACCUGUAUAAGUUUAAACCACAUUGCCUAGAACCCCUGGCCGCGUUGUUGAGAAUGACACUUUAUGUCAAGUCUUUUUCUUCUUUUUGUUUAAGGCCUGUCAAAAAAGAUUACUAAAUUUUACUAAGAAAUAAUCGCUUGAGUGACCCUGGCUGAAAUAUUAAAAACUACUAGAUUUUUUAAAAUUGGAUCUGUCAUCCGGACUGAACCAGGGGUGAUUCACUGUUUGUACUCUGAAUGAGUGCCGUGACGUCACCGAUCAAAUGGCGUGAAAUAUUUGUUAUGCGCAACUUUGGGGCUCAGUAACUUCUUUAUUUGUAGAAAUAUUUUCAUGAUUCUUUUACAAUUAUUAUUAGUUUUACUUAUAUUUUCAAGUUUUAUUAAAAUAAAAAAAAAAUCGGAAACUUCUCCAUUACAACAACAGGGAUCUGGGUAUGACGAUUAAAAAUCGAGUCUCUUUACAAGUUUGCGAAAAUUUUACGAGUGGAUAUGAGUAAGAAGUAUUUAUUUACAUAGCAUUGUUGGUUUUGUCACGGUCGCGGUGUUUUGUCUUGGGCUUCACAGUGGUAAUGAGUCAAAAUUAAAUGGUAAAUUAAUUCGUCCCCAGUCAUGCAUUUUAUCUUACUUCAGUUAAAAAUGAUUUGUAAGAAAAAUGAGUAUCGAUAGUUAUUAAAAAUAAACACAUGAUUUUCUAUUUUAUGUUUGUUUACAAAGACAAAUAGGUGCUUUUUAAUUGUAAAUAAGUAUUGUUAAUAAUAAUGUAAUGUCUAUACGCUAAUAGUAAAAUUUGUCAUAUAUUUAGGAAACUAUCUUAACAAUUCAUUUUAAUACGUAAAAGGUAAGAAAAAAUCAAUACUUUGCCUUGUUCAGUAAUAAAUUGUAAUGUCCUUUUUGAUGAGGAGCUUGACAAUAAAACGUUAUUGUUACGUGUAUUAUAUUA